CAUUUGUGUCACUCAAUUCUGGGUUAUAAUAAAUAGUAGUGAGUGAGCAUUCCAAUGUCGCAAUUUUCAGCGUUCGGAACGCCCUAUUCGCCAGGAUCUCCACAGCUGGUGAUUGGUUUGCAGCCUGGAGCCGGACAUGGAUCGCAGCCUGUGCUUGCGGCUCAGCCUGGAAUAGUCAUGUGCGUGAGCAGUGGAGUGGUCCCAGGUGGCAUGAUGCCCAGACCAGCCGAUGUUCCCAAUUGCCCGCCCGGCUUGGAAUAUUUGUCGUCUGUCAACCAACUGUUGAUUAAGCAGAAUGUGGAACUGUUGGAGGCAUUUACAGGAUCUGAGACUAACAACAAAUACGCAAUUAAGAAUGUCCUUGGCCAAGACGUGUAUAUGGCAUUUGAGGACACCGCGUGCUGCACACGCAUGUGUUGGGGCCUUGCACGUCCAUUUGAUAUCAAAAUUGUUGACAAUUUUCAGCGAGAGGUCAUUCACUUGUCUCGAGCAUUGGCCUGUAAGAGUUGCUUCCCUUGUUGCCUUGAAAGCGUGGAGGUGACCGCACCGCCUGGAACCAAAAUCGGUUCAAUCGAGCAGGAGUGGACCCUGUGCUCGCAUUCAUUUAAAGUCAAGGAUCAUCUUGGAGAUACCGUGCUCCGUAUUGAGGGACCAUUUUGUACCAUGUCCAUUUGCGGAAAUGUUGACUUUGACAUCGUUUCACUCGCAGGCAAUAAAGUGGGAAAAAUAUCAAAGCAAUGGUCUGGCUUGGCCCGUGAGUUGUUUACUGAUGCGGACUUCUUUGGCAUUACUUUUCCCUUGGACUUGGAUGCACGGAUUAAGGCUGUGCUACUUGGAGCUACAUUCCUUAUUGACUUUAUGUUCUUUGAAAAUAAUAAUAAUGCCAAUUGUUGAUGUGGCACCGCUCUGCUAGCAAUACUCGUCGUAGGCUAACAACAUCUGCUAGAAACAUCUGCUAGCAACAUCUGCUAGCAGAGCGCUGCUGGCGUCAGCAUCCUCUCUCCCACGCACGUUAGUUAGGUCUAUACGAAUGUAAUUAGGUGAAGUCAGUACAUGAUUGCCAAUGAAUAUAAGUACACGUACAAGAUCACGUACCACUAAAAACUGAAGUGUCGCCAUUAUUUCCUCGUUUUUGGGAUUUUGGAUAUUCAUCCCCAUCGCCCCACGGUAACACCAAUGAUUAUAGUGCCCCUUUGCUUUGAUUGUCUAGUAAAUGCUAGAAGUGAUUUUUGGGCGCUCCUCAAAAAGCGUUUCUAGUUUUAUUCAUUUUAAUAUUUUUAUGUAUCUUAAAGAUUGAUUCUAAGCUUCGUGGAAUAAAGUCGUUUUCUUACACACAUAAAAAUACGCGUAACUUUAAAUCUUUGCACGAGUGCACAUACAUAUAUGGUAUAUACAUGAUCUGCUGCAAAAAACGGGAAAGAAAACGCAUUCACGG